AUGGCCCUAACCAUAACCAACUCCAAGUACUCCUCCUCCGCCGGCCCCGACUUCCCCUACGACCACCGCCGAUUCCCUAAUCCCGACCAGUAUUUCGUCAACAGCGACGACGAGAACUACGGUGACGGCCCUCAGCUGACGCGGCUGCUUCAGGCGGCGUACCACUCGAGAAAUUACUACUUGCUCCACCUCUAUCUGGAAGCUUCCGACGCCGAGAGGCUCGAGCGCGCCAAGUACGUCAAGUCGGAGAGUGUGAUGAACGCGUUUCGGAAGGCGAUGGUGGUUGGAACCGCUGAUUUGGUGACCGAAUUCUGA